AUGGCGGCGCCCGGCGUCCGGGGCCGCAGCCUCGCGGGCCUGCUCCCGGCUCAGACCUCGCUGGAGUACGCCCUGCUCGACGCCGUCACCCAGGAGGAGAAGGACAGCCUGGUCUACCAGUAUCUGCAGAAGGUGGACGGCUGGGAGCAGGACCUGGCCGUGCCCGACUUUCCGGAAGGGUUAGAAUGGCUGAACACGGAGGGGCCUCUUUCUGUUUACAAGGACCUGGGUGGAAAAGUGGUCAUCCUGGAUUUCUUCACCUACUGCUGCAUCAACUGCAUUCACCUGCUGCCUGAUCUCCACGCCUUAGAGCACACCUACUCGGACAGAGAUGGUCUUCUGAUUGUUGGUGUUCACUCGGCUAAGUUUCCAAACGAGAAAGUCCUGGAUAACAUUAAGAGUGCUGUUCUUCGAUAUGACAUCACCCACCCUGUGGUUAACGAUGCAGAUGCCAGCCUUUGGCAAGAACUGGAAGUUUCCUGCUGGCCAACUGUGGUCAUACUUGGACCCCGUGGAAACAUGUUGUUUUCGCUGAUCGGAGAGGGACACAGAGAGAAGUUGUUUUUGUACACUUCAAUAGCUUUAAAGUAUUACAAAGACCGGGGACAGAUCCGAGCUAAUAAAAUUGGAAUAAAACUCUAUAAAGAUUCUUUGCCACCUUCACCAUUGCUAUUUCCUGGCAAAGUAACAGUAGACCAUCUAUCUAAAAGAUUGGUAAUAGCAGACACUGGACAUCAUAGAAUUUUGGUCGUCUGGAAGAAUGGACAAAUUCAGUACAGCAUUGGAGGACCCAAUCCUGGAAGAAAAGAUGGAAUAUUUUCAGAGUCAACUUUUAAUUCACCACAGGGUGUAGCCAUAAUGAACAAUAUCAUAUAUGUGGCAGAUACUGAAAACCAUCUUAUAAGAAAGAUUGACCUGGAAGCUGAGAUGGUGAGCACCGUAGCUGGCAUUGGGAUUCAAGGUACAGAUAAAGAAGGUGGAGCUAACGGAGAGCAACAGCCCAUUAGUUCCCCAUGGGAUGUAAUUUUGGGAUCAUCAGGUUCAGAGGUCCAAAGAGAUGACAUUCUGUGGAUAGCCAUGGCAGGGACUCAUCAGAUAUGGGCACUCCUACUGGACUGUGGCCGACUACCAAAGAAAAAUGACUUAAAAAAAGGAACCUGCCUUCGGUUUGCUGGAAGUGGAAAUGAAGAAAAUCGAAAUAAUGCAUAUCCUCACAAGGCAGGUUUUGCCCAACCUUCAGGUCUCUCUCUGGCCUCAGAAGAUCCCUGGAGCUGUUUGUUUGUAGCCGACAGUGAGAGCAGCACUGUGAGAACCAUUUCACUGAAAGAUGGAGCAGUGAAGCACCUUGUAGGAGGAGAAAGAGAUCCUAUGAACUUAUUUGCUUUUGGUGAUGUUGAUGGAGUAGGAAUCAGUGCAAAGCUUCAGCACCCCCUUGGAGUAACGUGGGACAAGAAAAGAAAUUUACUUUAUGUGGCAGACUCGUAUAAUCACAAGAUUAAAGUUGUGGAUCCAAAAACAAAACAGUGUACAACAUUAGCAGGAACUGGAGAUGCAAGUAAUGUCAGUUCCAGUUUUACCGAGUCAACCUUUAAUGAACCAGGAGGCUUGUGUAUUGGAGAGAAUGGCCAAUUACUAUAUGUAGCAGACACGAAUAAUCAUCAGAUUAAAGUGAUGGAUUUAGAAACCAAAACGAUUUCUGUGCUCCCAAUCUUCAGCUCUGGAAAUGCUAUGGUAGAUGGCCCGUUCCUAGUAGAAAAAGCAGAAAAACAAACAGUACCCAAACUACCAAAAUCAGCUCCAGCCGUUCAACUCUCCCCUGUUGCUGCAUCUCCGGGACAGACUCUGCAGUUCCAGCUGAGAUUAGACCUCCCGUCAGGAACAAAGCUCACUGAAGGGGCACCCAGUUGCUGGUUUCUAACAGCUGAAGGCAAUGAAUGGCUUCUUCAAGGACAGGUGCCAUCUGGCGAAAUAGAGAGCAUCGCCGAUCAACCAACCAUCUCACUGCAGGUUCCUGGGGACUGCUCGUCACCUGAAGCCGUCGUAUCUGUCAGCGUGUUUCUGUAUUACUGCAGCGCAGACAGCAGUGCCUGUAUGAUGAAGGGGGUUUUGUUCAGUCAGCCUUUACAGAUCACCGAUGCCCAGCAAGGCUGCACAGCUCCAGUAGAGCUCAAGUAUGCAUUCUAG